AUGUGGUAUGCAAAGAAAUAUGAUCCGCUUCAAGCUGGUAGUAUUGACGGUACUGACACUAUACCUCACGACCACGCAAUUGCCAGAGCUCAAGUUUCUGUUUGUAAUGAAAAUUUAACCGAAGAUCCUUUAAAGACACUUUUUGUUGGACGUUUAAAUCCAUUAACCACUGAAGGUAAACUUUAA